ACCUAUAAAAGCUGCGCCCUUUCGAGGGCAUCCAACCAGUACAGCCAGAAUGGCAUCUUCCUCCGCUUGGCUUGUCCUCAUCCUGGGACUCGGGUUUACUUGUGCCCUCGAUUUAAGUAUCCCAACGAAUAGCAGCAAACUCUUAAAGGUUCUCACCCAGUUCGAAACAUCUCCACCGGUCCAAGAGUUACUAUACCACAUCGAUGUUUGGCGGAAUGAAGCAGCCUCCGUGGCCUUGCAAACCGCAGCUCCAGCUCCUUCCAAUCUUGAGUCCGUAAUUCGAUCUGAAGUCGCGGGAGAUUGGGAGCGGGGCAGGCUCGUCCUACAAUUGGCCAACGCAGCGAGGACCGUGGAGCUCAAGGAGGCCAUUUACACAGCUCUCUGGCAGGAGCUUCAGCAGACCAAGCAGAUCUACGAUCCCUCGAAGAUCCUGGAAUUUUAUGACCAGCUGUCGCUGCACACUGAUGUGCCGCUCCAACUGAUGGAACUGAUCUACCGGGCUUUUAUUAAUCGCAGUGCCCAGUUGUUGGAGGCUCCAUUUCACACAGCCAGUCGAGAGGCCACUUUUCCAUUGGUAAGCUCCCUGGUCCAUCGUCUAACAUUCAGCACUUUGGAUUAUCUGCGGGACAUCCUGGAAGUUCUUUAUGAUGCUGUUUUGGCACUCGAAACGCCUUUGAGUGUAGUGCAGAGGCUGGGGAAUUUUACAGCCAGUUUAACGCAGUUGGCUCAGGCUAAUCUGCAAUUACUUGCCAGGGAGGAGCUCAAACGUGGCGAUCCGGAGGUGCAACAGGCCUUGCAGAGCAACUUGAGAAAUUUACUGGAACAGCCUGGUUUCGAGCAACAAGUGGCGUCCUCUCUACAGGCAGAAAUCUAUGCACAUCUUCCCAAGGACGAGCAACUGCUGUACACCGCUCGAAAGGUUUGCAUUCGCAAUGUAACCGAUGCAAAUUCGUACAUAUACGAGUGUCCGCAGACGUAUCUGAUCUGCAGUAACGUACGAGAUCCCAAAAAGGCAGCCUAUUUCAUCCAACGCGGUCACAGCAACGACAGCCGGCCGCAGUUUGCCUUCUACAGUGCUUUCUGGCGGAAUCGCUACAUCCUCAUGGAAACAGCCACCGCGACAGGCAACAAUGCUACUAGCUCGAUCACCAAAAACGUUUAUAGCCGCACCAACAUUAACUGGUGGCGAGUGGUGUACGGAAGUGGAGGAAUCUCCUUGUACGAUGCAGUCACCGGGAAUUCCGUACUGUGCGGUGGAGAUCCUUCGCACUGGGAUGGCGAGGAGCAUCACUUAUACACCCGUCGCGCAUCGGAGUUUUCAGCUCAUCUGGCGGAGUGCACCUGGAGUUUGGAAGACUGCAGCGAUGCCGCUUAAUAACUAUAAAUUAUUACUAUGUUUAUUUUGUCUAAUAAGGCACAUGUAUGAGAAAACC